CUCGACACUCCAACCGCCACCAUGGUCAAGACUUCCGUCCUCAACGAUGCGCUCAACGCCAUGAACAACGCCGAGAAGGCUGGCAAGCGCCAGGUCCUCAUCCGGCCUUCGUCCAAGGUCAUCGUCAAGUUCCUCACCGUCAUGCAGAAGCACGGCUACAUCGGCGAGUUCGAGGAGGUCGAUGACCACCGCUCCGGCAAGAUCGUCAUCCAGCUGAACGGCCGCCUGAACAAGUGCGGUGUCAUCAACCCCCGCUACCCCGUCCAGCUGAAGGACAUCGAGAAGUGGGCUGUCCAGCUCCUGCCCUCGCGUCAGUUCGGCUACGUCGUCCUGACCACCUCGGCCGGUAUCAUGGACCACGAGGAGGCUCGCCGCAAGCACGUUGCUGGCAAGCUCCUUGGCUUCUUCUACUAG